UGUGAUUUUCUUUCUAAUGCCAUGCCUGAUAACAUAUUUCAUAGUUUCACUGUUAUUCAAAAAUGUAAAACUGUCAUAAGUGUGUCCAAAUUUUAGAUAAUAAUUGCAAAAAACACAAAUAAUUGUUUACACCAGAGUGUCAGGAUGCCCAGUGACUGAUCAUUCACACAUGUCUAAUCCACUUUUGAUGAACUGAGUUAAUAGACUCCCUGUGGUCACUAUCAAAGACACUCACUUCUAUUCAAUUGUCAGCGCACACGACCCUCACACACCCCUUAUUACACUUGGGUAUAAAUAUAACCCUUCAGUCCUCUGAAGUUUAAGUCUAUUCACCCAAAAGUAGUUAACCAUGCAACAUGCGGAUGCCUCCCGCACUCGGUUCAUCUGGAGAGAGACCCUGAAAGAUCAGCACGCACAGGAUGGGGUGAGCUGUGACCCGUGCGCCUUCAUCCAGCUCAGGCUCUCGGGACUCGCAUACCCCGAUGAGGACCAGAGCGUUAUCACCCGAGCCCGAAGACGUCGCAGACUGGCCGCUAACGCCCGUGAGAGGAGGAGGAUGCUGGGGUUGAACGUGGCCUUCGAUCGCCUGAGGAGCGUCAUCCCUAAUGUGGAGAGCGACAGGAAGUUGUCCAAGUCCGAGACGCUUCAGAUGGCACAGAUCUACAUCAGCACUCUGAGCGAGCUGCUGGAGGAGAGAGACUGCGACCCGGAUUUUAGUUACCCAAUGAGGGGUGCGGAGGAUCAGGGGAUCAACUCAAGAGAGACUUCGGCUGGAGACAAGACCAAACCAGAGCAGAUAAAUGCAUGUUCCUGUAAGAUCAAAUCUUUUAGUGGGAGUUUCAGGGGUCCUGAGUGCUGUGACCCCAUAUCAACAGAAGACGCAGACAUGAACUUACUGGAAAGGAGCAAUGGAGGGAGAUAAUUCAGAUGAGACACUGGGGUUAUGUAUUUGUAUUAAACUGGAUGUUUUUUUUUGAAAACAGCUAAAAUAUUUUGUUACAUAAUAAUAAAUAUUAUUUUGGAAUCAAUUAGAUUUUGAGUAUGAUGCUACAAAUAAAUAUUUUCAGAGAACAGUUUGCCUCUGUCUCAUAAAUUUGCAUU